AUGAAUGAAACAACACCCUUGAACUCACAGUAUAGACAAUACCAAGAUCAAGAAGCCAACCAUCAAGAACAUCAUCAACUACAACCGUCAGAUUUCGAUGGCGAUGAGGACGAAUAUUACAACUAUUCUAAGUACAAGUUAAACAAGGGAGCCAAGUAUCUCAUGUAUACAUUAGGGUUUGCAUUGGCUGUAUUUGGCCUAUAUUUCUUUACCGUUCUACUUCCAAAUACUUUCAUUCCAACCGCCACUGAAUUAGUUACCAUUGACAAAAUUUCUGAUUUAAAUGUUAUUCUAACCCCAAAAGAUGUCAGUAUCGAUGGCAAAACCCAAGUCCAUAGAAUCAUAUUAAUAGGAGAUACACAUGGUCAUUAUAAGGAGUUGACUAAAUUAUUAGAGAAAGUAAAGUAUAAUAAUAAGAACGAUAAAGUGGUCAUGUUAGGAGACUUUAUUUCAAAGGGUCCUGAUUCUUUAAAGGUACUUGAUUUCUUAAUCGAGAAUAAUAUCGAUUGUAUAAUGGGUAAUCACGAGUACUACAUUUUGCAAAACUACGCAGCUUUCCAUGGAUUACCACAACCAAUGUUUACUAAUGCCGCUGACAAUAUUGGAUUCAAUAAUAAUAAUAAUCAAGAUUUCCGUCUUGCCAAAAAGCUAGAACCACAUCAUGUGAAAUACAUCAAUAAAUGUUCAAUAAUCAAGAAAUUAGGAACAGUUCCAUUAGUCACAAACAAGAAAUCAUCCACUUUGUCCGCUCCAGGCAUUGCCGUUCAUGCCGGGAUUAGAUGGGAUCUUAAGUUGAAAAAUCAAAUCCCGACCGAGAAUUUAGAAAUGAGAUCAUUGUUAGCACCUCAAUAUACAGAAAUUUCGUCUGAUCCAUCUGUGUCUAAUGCAGUAAGUUGGUCUAAGGUGCAUAAUAUGAAACAAAAACUGGGUGAAGCUAAAGAAGAAUGGAUCGUUUAUUAUGGUCAUGAUGCAUCUAGAGGAUUGAACUUGAAGGAAUAUACAAAGGGUAUAGAUUCAAGAUGUGAUAAAGGUGGAAAAUUAUCAGCCAUGAUUAUUUGGCUGGAAAAGCAAGCAAAUCAAAUUAUUUAUAAAGAAGACUUGGUACAAGUUAAUUGUUAG